GUGUAUAUAUUGAACUUCUCAGAGUAAAAAUGCUGUGAGAUUUUGAAGAAUAUGAUGAUAGGUUCAAGAGAGCUCAUUCUGUGUCAGUGUAGUUGUUCUGGGAGGUUUGCUUGGUCAGGGUGCUGAUGGGCUUAGCAUUUGUGCUUGUCAAUUUCGCCCAUCAGCCUGUUUCAGAUAUGCAUUCAGACCGAAGGCCAGAUUCAAUUAAAACUACUGUAAUAUUUCUGAAGUUUUGUGCUCAAUCAUUGUGGAACAAAACACAUACCAAUAAUGAAAUAUUUAGUUUCAGCUGUGCUGGUUCUGUGAGUAUUGCAGGUUAAUUGGAUUUGGUCCCAGAUUUUGUUAAACUCAUAGUUGCUGUUCGAGGACUGUGUACCAAUUGCUGAGUAACACAAUCAAUAAUAUGCCAAUAAUUGUGUUACCUUAAGGUGUGUGUGUGUGUGCAUGCAUGAGUGGAGUUGUUUUUUUUAAGUCUCAUUUGUUUGAUAAUACGAAGAAGUUUUGUAAUUUUCUUUUGAGAGGAGACUGUUCAGUGAGAUACACAUCUCUUUCUACCCCACAAUUAAAUCAAUUAAACGGAUGAAAUAUCAAUUUAGCAUUGCAUGUUGUGUUUUCCUGUGGUUUGCCUCGGUUGGCUAAUUGAAAAAUGAGCAAGAAAAGGUUAUGUGAACAUUUUCUGUGACACCCAAAGCAUUUGUUUACACAACUAAAUGACAAACCUUAAUUGUUUAUGUUUCUUAAACUGUUCUUGCUUUUGGUCUUGUCAAUUAGUGAAAUAUCAUAUGUUGAAUAUUAGCUCUGGUAGAGACUUGAACUUAUGUUUGUCCUCUGCCUAUGUUAAGUGUGAAAAGUUGAAAUAUAAAUAUCUUACUGUAUUGUAAAUUCAUUGAUUACAUUUUGCAAUAGAUCAUUUGUGGAAAUAAGAUUUUUUUUUUUGUUUUAUAAACAAUUUAACAGAGAAAAUGUAUUUAAGGGAAGAAAAAAAAGAGACCAUGUCACUUGCUUUAUUUAGCUGUACGUUUAAUGCAGCCUCUCUUAAUACAGUGAAUGGUAUGUUUGUAGUCAGGUGGAAGAAAACAGAGGCUACCUCACUCACAUUUAUAUGGAUUUCAAUAAAAAGGAAAACAACUGCUACCUCUCGUUGAAAAACUAGGUUUAACUUAUGUCUAGAGGUGAGCCUUGAUGAAAUGAACCACAGAUUUAAACCUAUCACUUACAUUUACUAUGGUUACCUUAUUACUUUAGUAUGAUUGUAUGGUAGACACUAUAAAUGUAUUAACUUGUAUUUUUUGGUUUAUUUUAUGGGUAACAUGGUUGGUCUUUGUUGUGGUUUUGAUUAAUUAGAUUAAUUAUUUAAAAAUUUGCCACAAGCAUAGCUAAAACGUGUAGUCAUGAUUCCUUUUAUAUUUAAUUUUCAGAUUCUCCCCCUAUUUUCUUGUAAUACAGGAUUUAAAGUUUUGUUGAUGCAAGGGUUGCACGUUUGAGAGCUUUUCCUGCCAUCUAGUGGUCGAAAACCCAUGCUUUAAUUUAUUUAAUGCCAACAUUUUAUGUAUAUAUAUAUAUAUAUAUAUAUAUAUAUAUAUAUAUAUAUAUAUAUAUAUAUAUGAGAAGCUGUCAUCUUUGUUUGGACACUUACCCAACAAAUGAGGAUUGUAACUGAAGUUUUUAAAAUUAUUUUGUAGUGUUUAAAACAAGUACUGCUGAAUAUACUUUAUCACCCUAUAACACCAUUUCAAAUAUAUUUGAUAUUGCUGUACAGAAAAGAUAAAUUCUGAUUACUUAUUUUAAAUAAAAACAUGUCAAGUUUCAAUUGUAGGCUAAAUGAAUGAAUGAGAAAAUACGUUUGUGCUUUAAAAUAGCUUUUGUUCACGUGGUAGAAGUGCUGUGAAUGUUCUGUGUGUAACUUUUGUGAACUACUAUAAUGGUUCCUUGUUUCUUAACAAUGGCACAAACAAGAUCUUUCACUGGUUUUCUUUGAAGGAAAGGAAAUGCCAUGGGGCAAAUGCAGCCAUGCAUCCCAUCAUUAUUAUAAACACACCAGCCGUUCAAAGUAUAACAGGUCUUUGUCUGCAACAGAAUCAGUUGUUCAGGUGGUAGAAUAUGAUCUCAUGUUUAUUUCGACCUAGGUGAUAAAAUCAAAGACAAUAAAUAUCUAAAAAAAAAAAAAAAAAAUGCUGACCCUUUUGUCUCCAGCAAAACAGAAUAAGAAAAUGUAUUUGCUUCAUUGUGCUGAUGCUUUUUAAAUAACUGGGCAAAAAAUAAGUUCUGACCAACCUUUCCUUAGAAACUUGCUUACCUGAAAUUUGACUGCAUUUCCUUUCCAUCAAUGCAUAAGAUAUAAUGAAUAUGUCAUUAAGGAUAAAAAUGUUUUCUUAAAUUUUUUAUCAAUCUCCAAACAGCAAACAUUUUCUCUGUCCCAUUUAAAUAUUCUUUUACAAGUGGCUUUGCUGGUUUCUCAGGACCCCCUCUCUUGUGCCCCUUUACCUGGUCAUCUGUUACACUAUUGUCCACUUCACUUCCUGUCUCCAGAUCAGUGAUCUCCACUGCUAUAAAGCCACAAAUGACACACGAGCAGUCAUCAGAAGGACAUCACCACACAAUAUGAAGCUAAUUGACAGAUCGAUGACUCUUCUAGUCUUUAUCAAUGCUGUGUAUUCAGCGGCCAUGAGAGACGCCUUUGAGAUUACUCAACCUCCUGACCACCUCGAACCAACAAAACUCUCAGACAUUGUCUAUUCCUUUGUAGAAAUAGAGAAGAAUCUUGAACCUGCAGGUCCAACAGCAGAAUGUAAAGCCCCAGAAAUAGUUGGUAAUUUUGUUGAGGUUUCCAAAACAACUCCCAAACCAAACUCAGUUGAAAUUACAGGCAUUGCACAAGAGAGAUCCUCUGAGAGCAGCAACUCAGGUGAUCGUUCAAGUAAAAAACAUCUGGAAGUGUUUAUAUACUGUCAAUAUCAUUUUAAAUGUAUUACUUUAUAUGUUUCAACAGACAGCAGAUUAGCUGAUAGAACAUCAGCAGAAGACAGCGGAGAGGUUGAAAGAUACAAUAGGUCAUGGCUGAGGACCACACUCACGGAGACCAGCGAAGCAUUACGGGGACAUUACAAGAAUUCAGCAGAGAUGGACAGACCAGAGGAGAAUGGGAGAUACCAAAACCAGAAGAUGAUAGGACAAUACAGUGCUGAAGUGACAGGUGUACCUGAUACAGAGAAAUACCAGCAAGAAAGCAACAAACGAGCAGUAGAUUUAGACAGUCCAGAGGAUAUGGACACCCCUGAUAGAAAAGACCUCGAUGUUGACAGUGAAGAACGUUCUGCGGGACUUAGAGCAAAACUAAACUAUGCUGCUAACCAUGCCACACUGGACGAGAGCAGGGAAAUUAUUGAUCAGAACCCAAGAUGCAUUGAAACAUCUGUUGAACAUCCCGUGGAAGAGAACAACAGUCUGGAAGUCCGUAAUGUGGACCAGGAGAUCCAAAAGAACACAAUGAGCUAUCAGAACCAGCUGAGGAAAAUAUGUCCCAGCAGGAGAGCGAGAGUGUCCAACAACCCCAAAGGACAGCUGGAUUUUGAUAGUCCAGAAAGAGUGAACAGUGAGCUUUUGGACAGAGACAACAGCGUUGAGAGGCUGGAAGGACAUGCGUCAGUUACUCUGUAGAGUUUUGACUUGAUUUGUUUUUUAGCAGUAUUGCUAUUUGAUUAUUGAUCAUUUUAUAUCUUUUGUUUAUUUGUCAUUGAGUUGCAUGAAUAAAAUAAUCAGAGUUUUGUGAUUUUGUGAAACAUGAAUUAAACAUUAUUUUCAUUCUGGAAUAGUGUUUGGGAUUAAAUAGCUAAAAAUAGUGAUGCUACUUUACUACAUUUAGUGAAAAGAAGUUGAUGGAUUGUAGUGAAUUGUUUUGUUUGGACAGAUCAUUUCAAUCAA